AUUUAACCUAUCCAUAUUGUCGAUAGAGGCAAAGAAAUGAAAAGUUUAUGAGGAGGAUUUGGUGGUGAGGCAGUUGCAGUGGCUUCUUAUCCACUCCCUUUUCUCAAUCAUCAGUAAUGGCAUUAUCAUAUUCUGCCGCUUGUCCUGUGCCGGGCAGCGCAAGGGGUUUGAAAAUGGGUCGCAUGUGCCUCUACUCCAUCUCCAUCUCCUCAUUUAUAGCUCCAAUUCCAUUUCACCGUUUUGCAGGUAGAGUUCACAAGAGCAAAGCGUCCAUAGGCAUUCAAGUCUUAUCCUCAGCCCAGCUGCCUAAGACUUUUGAUUUUUCAGCUGAAGAAAGAAUAUAUAACUGGUGGGAGUCUCAAGGAUUCUUUAAACCUAACCUUAACAAAGAUGGAAGGUCUUUCGUGAUUUCCAUGCCACCUCCUAAUGUCACGGGAGCUUUGCACAUGGGCCAUGCCAUGUUUGUUACUCUUGAGGAUAUUAUGAUCAGAUAUUGGCGGAUGAAGGGCAGAUCAACACUGUGGAUUCCAGGAACUGAUCAUGCUGGUAUUGCAACACAGCUAGUUGUAGAGAAACUGUUGGCAUCUGAAGGUACACGAAGGGAAGAUUUGAGCAGAGAUGAAUUUGUAGCCAGGGUUUGGGAAUGGAAGAGGAAGUAUGGAGGCACCAUUACAAACCAGCUCAGGAGAUUAGGUGCAUCAUGUGACUGGAGUAGAGAGCAUUUCACUCUUGAUGAUCAGUUGAGUCAAGCUGUUGUGGAGGCUUUCAUCCAGUUACAUGAGAAGGGCUUGGUCUAUCGAGGAACAUAUAUGGUCAACUGGUCUCCAAAUCUGCAGACUGCUGUUUCUGAUUUGGAAGUGGAGUAUUCAGAUGAGCCUGGCACACUCUUCUAUUUCAAGUAUCCAGUUGCUGGUGGUUCAAUUGAUGACUUCUUGCCAGUAGCAACGACACGUCCAGAGACAUUAUUUGGUGAUACAGCAGUUGCAGUGCACCCUCAGGAUGAUCGAUAUAAAAAAUAUAUUGGAAAAAUGGCAAUUGUUCCAAUGAGUGGUGGCAGGGUGAUUCCAAUUGUUGCAGAUAAUUAUGUGGAUAGGGAGUUCGGAACAGGGGCAUUGAAGAUAACUCCUGGACAUGAUCAAAAUGACUAUGUGAUUGGGGAAAAGCUUGGUCUCCCAUUGAUUAAUAUUAUGAACAAGGAUGGCACUCUGAAUGAGAAUGCUGGGCCGUACAGAGGUCUUGAUAGGUUUGUUGCUCGGAGUAGGCUUUGGUUAGAUCUGGAAACUGCAGGACUUGCUCUGAGGGCAGAACCAUAUACUCUACGAGUGCCGAGAUCUCAGCGAGGUGGUGAAGUUAUUGAACCCCUUGUGAGUAAGCAAUGGUUUGUAAUAAUGAAACCUUUGGCUAAGAAAGCUCUCGAGGCUCUGGAGAAUGGAGACUUGAAAAUCAUACCAGAAAGGUUUGAGAAGACUUACAAUCAGUGGCUUUCAAACAUAAAAGACUGGUGUAUUAGCCGGCAACUUUGGUGGGGCCAUCGCAUUCCUGUUUGGCAUGUUAAAGAAAGAGAAGGGGAAUACAUUGUUGCCCGUAAUGAGGCAGAGGCAUAUAAAAAGGCUUUUGAAAAAUAUAGUGAAACUGUUCACUUAGAGCAAGAUUCUGAUGUCCUUGACACAUGGUUUUCAAGUGGACUCUGGCCAUUCAGCACUCUUGGCUGGCCCAACAAGAGAUCAGAAGACUUUGUGCGCUUCUAUCCAACAACUGUGCUAGAAACUGGGCAUGAUAUCUUAUUUUUCUGGGUGGCAAGAAUGGUAAUGAUGGGUAUUGAAUUCACUGGUAGACCGCCAUUUUCAUAUGUGUAUCUUCAUGGUCUUGUACGUGAUUCUCAGGGGCGUAAAAUGUCAAAAUCUUUGGGAAAUGUAGUAGAUCCUCUCGACACUAUAAGUGAGUUUGGGACAGACGCUUUACGGUUUACACUUGCAACUGGUACAACCCCAGGCCAGGAUAUAAAUCUUUCGCUAGAAAGAUUGGGAGCAAACAAGGCCUUUACAAACAAACUCUGGAAUGCUGGAAAAUAUAUCUUACAGAACCUGCCUCCCGAAUCUGAUACAUCUUCUUGGAAUGGAAUCAGGGACUGGAAGUUUGAUAAAGAGGGUUCAGUUUUAGACUUAUGUUUGAGUGAGCGAUGGGUGGUCACAAAACUUCAUGAACUUAUUGAUUUAGUAACAUCAAGCUAUGAGAGGUUUUCCUAUGGAGAAGCUGGGCGUGCAAUCUAUGAAUUCUUUUGGAGUGAAUUUGCUGACUGGUACAUUGAGGCCAGCAAAACACGUUUUUUUGGAAAGGAAGACGCUUCAACAAUUUCAUGUGCACAAGCAGUGCUAUUAUAUGUUUUUGAGAAUGUUUUGAAGCUACUCCACCCAUUCAUGCCUUAUGUUACAGAAGAACUUUGGCAGGCAUUACCUGCAAGAAACUCAGCUCUUAUUGUGGCAAAUUGGCCUAAAAUGUUGCUUCCAAGAGAUGUAAAGGCUGUAGAAAACUUUGAAAGUCUGCAAACAUUGAUUAGAUCCAUUCGUAAUGCUAGAGCAGAAUAUUCUGUAGAGCCUGCAAAGCGGAUUUCAGCAACUAUAGUUGGAGCACCUGAGAUACUGGGUUAUAUUUGUAAUGAAAAGACAGUAAUUGCAACUCUUUCGCGAUUGGAUAUUGAAAAUUUACAUUUCACUCAUACUCCUCCAGAACAUGCGAAAUUAGCUGUCCAUCUUAUUGCAAGAGAAGGAUUGGAAGCUUACCUGCCUGUCACAGAUAUGGUAGAUAUUUCAACUGAGAUUGAACGCGUUUCUAAGCGGUUAGUAAAGCUUCAGUCCGAGUAUGAUGGACAUAUGAAGCGCCUCACCUCAGCAAAUUUUGUAGAGAAGGCUCCAGCAAUAGUUGUUCAACAAGUGCACGAUAAAGCAAAUGAAGCUCAGGAAAAAAUUGCGAUUCUCAAUAACCGCUUAGCUUUUCUUCAAUCCACAAUUCUUAGUUCUAAAUGAAAAAAACUAAAAUAUAAUUUGCUCUCCAAAGUAUUGAAUCAGUUAUGUGAAAUUAUUGCUAAAGAUGAAUCUUCUCGAUUAUUUUGGUUUGAUGGUAGCAAUUAAACCUGCGAGUGCUCUCUGUAGCUGCGCUUGCAUUAACUUGAUAUCUUCUGCCAAGGUCAGCAAUAUUCUCAUAUAAGCUUUCGAAAUUACUAGAAAGAUACAGA